CCUCCCGGAGCAGACCAACCCAACUCACUUCGUCAGCACCUCCUCAACAGUUGCUGCAUACCUUGGUACGCUAUAGCCACGACCCGAUCCCGCUGCUCGUCCACUCUUUUUUGAAUUCUGGUGCUGUUGUUGUGUUGCCAGGAAAACGGUCUGCAACCCUUCAGUUCCAUCCAUCAGCCAUGUGUCCCACUCACUCAGCCGAGAGCUCUGGCGGCGUCCAGCAAAUCAGCGGCGCUAAUGGCCAAGUCAACGGUCAUGUCGCUGUCGAGACACCAGCGACCCGCUCUGCUACCUCGAAUAGCGGUGCAAACGGCAGCGCAAAUAGCAACGAAAAUGGCCGAGCACAGGUGAGCGACAGCUACAACAACCAACCCUUCAGGUCUCGUGCAGAAGACCUGCUCUCAAACGUCAGCAACUUCAAGAUCAUUGAGAGCACUCUUCGAGAGGGCGAACAAUUCGCAAACGCCUUCUUUGACACGGAGACCAAAAUCAAGAUCGCCAAGGCGCUUGAUGAAUUCGGCGUCGACUGCAUUGAGCUUACGUCUCCCGCUGCGUCCGAGCAAUCGCGCAAGGACUGCGAGGCCAUCUGUAAACUGGGGCUCAAGGCCAAAGUCUUGACCCACAUCCGUUGCCACAUGGACGAUGCCCGCAUUGCCGUUGAGACCGGUGUGGACGGUGUCGAUGUGGUUAUGGGAACCUCCAAAUUUCUUCGCGAGUUCUCGCAUGGAAAGGAUAUGACGUACAUCACCAAGACUGCCAUCGAAGUCAUCGAAUUUGUCAAGUCGCACGGCAUUGACAUUCGUUUCUCCACCGAGGACUCCUUCCGUUCGGACUUGGUCGAUCUACUCAGCAUUUACCAGGCUGUCGACAAGGUCGGGGUCAACCGCGUCGGUAUUGCUGACACCGUCGGUGUUGCCAACCCGAGACAAGUCUACGAUCUCGUCCGCACUCUCCGCAGUGUCGUCAGCUGCGAUAUUGAGUGCCACUUCCACAACGACACUGGCUGUGCAAUCGCCAACGCGUACACUGCCCUCGAAGCCGGUGCAACGCACGUCGACACAUCUGUGCUGGGCAUCGGCGAGAGGAACGGAAUUCCUUCCCUGGGUGGUUUCAUCGCGAGGAUGUACACUGCCGACAGGGAGUUUGUCAUGUCCAAGUACAACCUCAAGGCGCUACGUGAGGUGGAGAAUCUUGUUGCAGAUGCGGUUCAGAUUCAGGUCCCAUUCAACAACUAUGUGACAGGUUUUUGUGCAUUCACACACAAGGCUGGCAUUCACGCCAAGGCCAUCCUCGCGAACCCGUCAACGUAUGAAAUUCUUCGUCCGGAGGACUUUGGUAUGAGUCGAUACCUUUCGAUCGGUAGCCGGUUGACUGGCUGGAAUGCUGUCAAGAGCCGAGUGGAACAGCUUGAGCUGAACAUGACUGAUGAGCAAAUCAAGGACGCGACUGCCAAGGUCAAGGCCAUGGCAGACGUGCGUGACCAGACUAUGGAAGAUGUCGACACGAUCCUGCGAGUCUACCAUCGCGGUCUGCAGGGCGGUCACGACGUGUCACACCCGGCCGUCUUUAACAAGCUGCUUGAUCAGCACAAGACCGCUCAGUCCACUACCGCGUAAUUACUUUGAAUCUCCUCAAACCCCGCGAACCAAUUAUUGUGGCUCGCCGCCACCACCGGUCCAGCUAUUGUUCUACAUGAUGAUCGAUUCGCUCACAACACUGUAAUAUUCCGUUCUCAAACCCGGCCAGCUGUGGCUGGAUCGAACGUGGCUGUCCUUUCCAA